AUGGCUCGCGAGAAGGAGCCCACGGCUGAGCCCCAGGUGACGUUCGCCUCAGGGCGGGUUGACGACGGAGGAUCGGCCGAUUCGCCGCCCGAUGUGCGCAUUAUUCACUACAACGACGUCUAUCACCUCGACCCGUCCAGUGCGGAGCCCGUCGGCGGCCUGCCGAGGUUCAUCACCCUGUGCCGGGAGUACCAGGAGGGCAAGCAGUACGAGGGCCAGCCCGAGGCCUUGACCCUGUUCUCGGGGGAUGCCUUCAACCCAAGUCUUGAGAGCAGCGUGACCAAGGGCCAACACAUGGUUCCGGUGCUCAACAUGAUUGGGACCGACUGUGCAUGCGUAGGGAACCACGACUUUGACUUUGGCAUCAAGCAGUACGAGCAUCUCGCGGGCCAGUGCGACUUUCCCUGGCUGCUCGCCAACGUCCUCGAUCCCGCCCUGGGCGAGGACGUGCCCAUGGGCAACGCCAAGAAGACGCACAUGAUGACCACUUCCAACGGCAUCAAGGUUGGCUUCAUCGGCCUCGGUGAGCGCGAGUGGCUGGAGACGAUCAACAGCUUGCCUCCGAAUCUCAUCUACAAGUCCGCCACGGCUACCGCCAAGGAGAUUGUCCCGCAGCUGCGGGAGCAGGGCGCCGAGAUCAUCAUCUGUCUCAGCCACAUGCGCGAGCCCAACGACAACAAGCUGGCGCAGCAGACCGAAGGCAUCAUCGAUAUCAUUCUGGGCGGCCAUGACCACUACUAUGCCCACAGCUUCAUCAACGGCACCCACGCCCUGCGAUCGGGCACCGACUUCAAGAACCUCAGCUACAUCGAGGCCCGCCGGAAGCCGGACGACCCCAAGCGCUGGGACUUUGACAUCUGGCGGCGGGACGUCACCUCGUCCAUCGCGGAAGACGAGCCCACGCAGAGGCUAGUCGGUGAACUAACUUCGAAGCUCAACCAGUCUCUCGCCAAGCCGGUGGGUUGGACGGCCACGCCCUUGGAUGCUCGGUUCAGCACCGUCCGCCUGAAGGAGUCCAACAUUGGAAACUUUGUCUGCGACGUCAUGCGGCAACACCACCACGCCGACUGCACCAUCAUGGCGGCGGGCACAAUCCGCGCCGACCAGAUUUACCCCCCUGGCGCGAUCCGGAUCAAGGACAUCACCACGUGUUUCCCGUUCGAGGACCCCGUCGUGCUGCUGAGGGUCACGGGACAGGCCAUCUGGGACGCGCUGGAGAACGGCGUCUCGCAGUAUCCUGCUCUCGAGGGACGGUUUCCCCAGGUGUCCAACAUCCGCUUCGAGUUUGAUCCCAAGCUGCCAAGGGGGCAGAGGAUCCUUUCCAUGGAGAUUGGCGGAGUGACGUAUGACCCCGAGAAGAAGUAUGUCCUUGCUACUAGAGGAUACAUGGGACGGGGGAAGGACGGAUUCACCAGCCUUCUGGUCAAGUCGGAAGGUGGAGAGGCAGAGGAAAUCAUCGAGGAGGAAAACGGAAUCCUCAUCUCCGCCAUGCUCCGCCAGUACUUUAUGGCGCUGCGCACCGUGGGCCAGUGGAAACACCUCUCCGACCACUGGGUCAACGUGGUUGAAAACUGCGAAACACCCAUCUCGCCCAUCCGCGAAGGCGCCUACGGCUUCCCCAGCAUGGACAACCUCGCCGCGUACCUCCCGGUCCCCGACCGCGCAAAGGUGACGGAGGACUCGGCCGACCCGUGGAGCAAGUUCCUCAAGCGACGCUUCAUGGUCAACGCCAAGCCGGUGCACGAAAACGUCGACAGCGAGGUCGACGAGGACGACGACUCGGACGAGGACGCGCGCGACGGCGGCGACCAGCUCGACUUUGAGAUCCUGCUGAUGCGCAAGUUCUGGACGCGCUGGGCGCUGAAGACGGGCGUCAAGUCGAGCAUCUGCGAUCCGCUGAAGGAGGGCGCGUUUUCCGUCGACUGGACGAGGUGUAUUGCGCCGGUGGUUGAUGGGCGGAUUAAAAUGGUAGAGUCAUGA